AUGUCAAUUUCGUGUGCAGUUGGAUUAAGUGAAAAGAGAGAUGAAUAUGAAUACACUCCACUUCUUCAAGCAUGUAAUAAAGGAGAUCUUGAAUUGACAAAAUCUCUUAUUGAAAGAGGUUGUGCUAGAGAUGCAAUUGAUAAAAAUGGAAAUAAUUGUUUGUUUAAUGCAGCAUUCAAAGGACAUCUUGUAAUUGUAAAAUAUUUAGUUGAAAAUGGUAUUGACAAAAAUUAUAGAGAUAACAACGAUGAAUUUAGUGCAAUUCUUUAG